CUUGCUGAAGCCUUACAAGCAUCUAAUCCUAGAGUUCCUAUAGACUUGGUAGAAGUUGAUAAGGAGGGUGUUUGCAUACGUUAUUCUCCUUUGGAAACUGCCCAGAUAAGAGGUACCACAAAAGAGGAUAUUGAAGAUUUUUUGGAUUCCCUGAAAUCAAAUUUGAGUGUAUUGGAGGCAACUACCCAGCAGAGAAAGAGGUUCAGGACAAUUGUCUCCUCCCACAACAACCUUCGGUUGAUAGAGCUGAACUCCUGGGCUGGACUCGGUGCAGCCAGCUAUAUUCCUGAAAUGUAUGUUAACAACCAAGGAGACUUCACGGACAAAGAGAAGAUUGAAAUCAACAAUCUGAAUGCAGAGCUGGUUCAUAGGCUCAAAGCACAGGACACAGCAUUCUCCACAGGUCAGUCGAGUGAUGGUAUUAUUUGUGUGAGGUUUGGCCUGAUCACAUCGGAGACAGAUAUUGAUGAGCUGGUCUCCCUUGUGUGCAGCAGUGGCAAGGAAGUGGAGGAGAGUUCUAAGUUUCUAGAAUCUAUGUCAGAGAUGAUCAGGAGAGGAAUUGAGGAAGCUAGCAAGGAGCUAGAAAAAGAGAACACUGAAAAACUGAUGAAUGAGGGUAUUCUGCGCCAAGUACCUGUGGUUAGCUCCCUUCUAAACUGGUUCUCACCAGUGAAGGAUCAGAUCAAGGGGAGAACAUUCAACCUGACUUCUGGGAAGAUCAUUCCAACAACCGACACAUACAAGUAUCACAUGCAAAUCCAGGAGGAUGGCUCCACAACACCAGCUCUUAGAUCGGCCAAGGACCAGAUCCAAAGCAGCGGCCUAAGCAUCUUGAAGAGCACCAACAAGGAGGAUGUGGAGCCCCCUGAAUUACAGAGGCAGUCCAGCAAGACCGCAGGGCAGGUGAAAGCCGAACUGGUUAGCCAGGCGUCUGCUUCCACAACGUCACCUACUCUGCCUACACCACCAGCAUUGUCUCCACAAAGGGAAGCCACUGAUGCCACACAGUUAAAUCCACAUGUGGAUAAUUCUAAGCAAGGAGAAUUAAAUUAUGCAAGCGCAGAAAAUCAGGCAGACCUUAUAGCCAGUUAA